GAGUUGAGCGUAGUUCGCGCUAGUUGUCGCGCCCAGGUCAGUGUUCGCUGUCUUCGGGUGUGAUCGGGUCGUGUACCGGGUGACUGCGGGAUGAGGGGCUGGCGGCUCCUGCUGGUCGCUGCGCUUCUCUCUACCUGUGUGCUGGCGGCGGCAGGUAACAAUGCUACAAGUCCGAAAAAGGGAAGAAACUUUGUUGGUGUACAAGACAACUUGGUUGACAAUAGCACUGGUCAGUAUGGCUACAGGGUGAACGAAUUUGCAGAGAAAGUCUUGACUGGCGGUUUGACGAGGAUCUUCCUCCCUUUAGUUUAUAUCAUCGUGUUCAUUGUUGGAUUACCAAGCAAUGCCAUUGCAUUAUGGGUAUUUUUUUUUCGAACAAAGAAGAUCCACCCAGCGGUGAUCUAUAUGGCCAACUUGGCGCUGGCUGAUUUAAUGUUCAUUAUUUGGAUUCCGCUGAAGAUUGCUUAUCACCUGAAUGGCAACAACUGGAUUUAUGGAGAAGCCAUGUGCAAAGUCCUGGUGGCCUUUUUCUAUGGAAACAUGUACUGCUCAAUACUUUUCAUCACAUGUUUAAGCGUUCAAAGAUAUUGGGUCAUUGUGAAUCCCAUCUCCCAUUCCAGGAAAAAGACGAAAAUUGCAUUAAUUGUAUCAGGAGCAAUAUGGAUCAUCAUCAUGUUAAGCACCAUUCCACUAUAUCUGUUCGAUCAGACUAUCUAUGUCACCAACCUCAACAUCAGAACCUGCCAUGAUGUCUUGCCAUACGACGUUCUGGCUUAUGAUAUGUUCAGAUAUUUCCUUUCGCUGGCCAUUGGGCUCUUUUUCUUUCCAGUUAUUCUCAUGUCGGUGGCUUAUGCCUUUAUCAUUAAGACCCUGAAUAACUCUAUCACCGAUGAAGCCAUUGGGAAAAAAAGGAAGCGGGCCAUCAUGCUUAUAGUUACCGUGCUGGUUAUGUGCCUGGUGUGUUUUUUGCCCAGUAAUAUUUUGCUUCUGGUGAACUAUGCCACUAUAAAGCAAAGCAAUGUUGGUAACUUCUAUGCAUCCUACAUUACGGCCCUAUGCCUCUCGGCCUUGAACAGUUGCAUCGAUCCCUUUGUCUAUUAUUUUGUAUCCAAAGACUUUAGAGAAAAUGUCAAGAACACGUUCCUCUGCAGGAGUGUGCGGACUGUGGAGAGGAUGCAGAUAUCUUUUAGCUCCAUGAAAUAUUCAAGAAAGAGCAAUACAUACACGAGCACGUCCAGCAACACAAAGACAAGUAACUGCUGAGGACGCACAAUAGACACUGUAGGAACAAGUUCUGACUGGAAGACUUUGGUGGUGUUCACCUUUUCUGUGUGAGAAUGCAGGCCCUUCCAGCACAGGAAAAUGUACAAAUAUUACCUCCUGAUUUACAAGUGAAUGUUCAGUGUGUGAAGUCUAUAGUCAUGGAAAUCCUUAGCAUUGUGAUGUAUGGAAGUAUUGUAAAGGAACAUGUAACCUUUGUAAAGCCCAGUUGUCAAUAACAUUGUGGGAUCUUAUGGGGUAUGUUCCAGUGUUGUGUUUAGAAGAACAGAAAGGAGAGCAUUCUUGGGAUGGGAUGUGUUCCCAUUCUUGUUAAAAGGAAUGAAGGCAACUUGCAUCCCUGGAGCGGUCAGGGGACAAAUCCAUCGUGUAGCAACAUGUUUAUUAGGUCUAGCAUUCUGUGUGGAUUACUAUAAUUAUACCAAGCUCCUUAGAAAUAAGAGUUAAAUGACAACGUUCUAGUGGUGGCACUGACCAGUAGGCCACUUUAUACUGUCAUAAUUUUUUUUUUAGUUAUGUUUAAACACUGUGGUGAUCACGGUUUCAUCAUUGACAUCUUAAGUCUAAAAAGCUGCUACAUAGACAGAAAUGAAUGCACUGAAGUUUAAGCCUGCGGGGGUGGGGAAGGAUUGGGCAUGCUGUAUUUUAACAUGCCUGAUCCUUUGUUCUCACUGCAGAUAAGCAGCCGCUAGUAGUGUUCGGAAGAGGUUUAUUCUUUCUAUUGAGAACAGUCUGAAGGAAUAGAUAUUAGCUGAACAAGCUUUCUGUGCCAGCCAUUUCAGAAGUAUGGCCUUAUGUAUCCAUUAUUUUCAGAUUUUGACCUGUAGGAUUAAAGCUGGGUUUGGGGGUCACGAGUGCUUAAGGUUGGUCUUUGUUCUGGAAUUGAUGUAGAAGGAUCUUCAUGAGCUCAUGUUUCAUAGCUUUUCAUUUGAAGCUUGUAAAUGACAAGGAAGGAGGAAAACCUAAUCCUUUAUGGUAGCAUAAACUAGAUAUGAUGGAAAUUCUUACAAAUAUUUAAAGCGUGGGUGUCGAAGGUAUUUUCUUAGUUUCUGAUUAACCCUCGGAAGUUUUUACUGCAUUCCUUUGUUUGUGGCAACAUUAGACCUAUUUCUUUCCAUAGUUCUGACAGAUCACAGAGCUCCUCUGUCCUCCUGUUAUUGUAUCUGUGCUACAUGCCAGGGUAACAGUAACAAUGUGCCUUGCCUUCAGGAAUCUAAAAUAACUAAAGGUAAGCUAAUGAAAACACUGUGUACUUGGUAAAGAGUCAAGAAGGCAAAAGUACAGCCAAAUAAUUAAGUUUAAUGGAGAUGAAAUGUCCAUAAUAAAACACAAAGCCUUAGGGACAACUAAGCAGAGUUACCACCUGAUGUUUUGUAUUUAUGCCAUCGUACAUGGUGAACUUGGGUGAAACUAGGAGACAGCAAAUUUCUUAUUAAACAUCGGUAAGGGUGCACACAAUCUUACAGUGCAGAGAGUGUUCAGACUCUAAAAUUGUAGUAGAGACCAUUAAAUAAAUAUCAAUGAACUUCCAUUUGCUCAAUAGCAUCAUUCUGUGUGUCUAAGGAAGGUGCUGAGGCUGGUAAACAGCAGUAAAGACGGUUAUAAUGUAGAAUUAUUACAAGAUUAUAUUUUUCAUAAUGUGAAUUUGAUGUUUUAUGUGAGCGAUACUAUUUUUAGUACUUUAUUUUAUAUUUCUGUAUUUAGCAUGCAAUCCAUCUUCUAAUGUGUGUGUAUAUAAAAUGUUAUAAAAUGAA